GUUCUUGUUCUUAAACCCAAAUCUCGUGACAACAAAACCGUACCCGCAAAAACAUCAUCAAUCAUCGUUUUUGCAUGAUUCGAUUCCCAAUUGGCUUUUGUUGUUGUCGCAAUUUCUCUCAUGGAUUUUCUCCCAAAUCCAAGCCCUUCUCGUCCAUCGUUGUUCGGUUCCUUCGGAAAUCUCGUUGACAAGGUUAAACAGAUUUGUAAUCUCGCAAUCUCUGCCAUUAUUGGUAACAUCUUGUCCGCAAUCUUGACCUUCUGCUUCGCAUUAGUUGGCACUUUGUUGGGGGCUAUGACAGGGGCUUUGAUAGGUCAAGAGACUGAGAGUGGCUUCAUUCGAGGGGCUGCUGUUGGUGCUAUAUCAGGAGCUGUUUUUUCCAUUGAAGUGUUUGAAUCCUCUCUUGUUCUUUGGCAUUCUGAUGAAUCUGGGAUUGGGUGUCUCUUAUACUUGAUUGAUGUUAUUGGUAGCUUACUGAGUGGGAGACUUGUGCGUGAGAGGAUAGGUCCAGCCAUGUUGAGUGCAGUUCAAAGUCAGAUGGGUGCUGUUGAAACUGGCUUUGAUGAGGUUCAGAACAUCUUUGACACCGGCUGCGGCGGUGCAAAAGGUUUAUCAGGAGAUUCAGUAGAAAAAAUCCCAAAAAUCAAAAUUACUACUGACAACAAUGCUGAUGCAUCUGGUGAAAGAGUUUCCUGUUCAGUUUGCCUCCAGGACUUUCAGCUGGGAGAGACUGUUAGAAGCUUACCUCAUUGUCAUCACAUGUUUCACCUACCCUGCAUAGACAAGUGGCUCUUCAGGCAUGGCUCUUGCCCAUUAUGUAGAAGGGAUCUCUAAUUUUGUAUGUGCAUAGUUCAGUAAAAAAAGUUCAUCUUUUUCUGUUUUGUUUAUAAGCUUAUUUGAUUUUAGGACUUACUCUUGAAUAUCUAAUCUAGUGAGAGCCAACCGACGCACUUAUGUGGUAUCAUUAAUCAUUGUACUAAAUUAGUGUAAAGAAAUUUUGAGAUGAAACAGUUUCCACUUAUUGUAUAUGAAUGAGUAGAUGACCCUUUUUCUAGCUA